AUGGCAGGCCCUGUGGCAGAUAGGGAAACUGAGGCUCUGCUGCCUGUACCCACAGGUGAGCACACCACGGCUGCGUUGGUCUUCCACGAGAGGACUGCUGACAGGGCCGCACGGCUGCUCACGGUCCUCCCCGAGCUGGCGGCGCUCACGGCUUGUGUGCAUGUUCAGUGGGACGAGACAGCAACUGAGGCGGUCACUCUCUUCUCCCUGGCCACGCUGGCUGUGGCCAACGCGCUGCAGCUGCGCGCCUUCGCGGAACCCGGAGGCUAUGUGCGCGCAGCGCUCGUGGUGCGUGGCCAUCACGCGCCCUUCAACGCCAUCUUCCGCUCUGACAGCCGCUGGCACCACGUGUGCGCCACGUGGGAGCAGCGCAGCGGGCACUGGGCGCUGUUCACUAAUGGAAGGCGAUGUGCAGAGGCUCAGGGACUCAGCGUGGGUCACCCAGUGCCGCCCGAUGGUGUGCUUGUGCUGGGUCAGGAUCAGGACUCCCUGGAUGGCGGGUUCUUGGCCCGCGACGCCUUCAGUGGCAACCUCACUGACUUCUACCUGUGGGACCAGGUGUUGAGCCUCGAGCAAGUGCGCCGAGCUCGUGCCUGCACGCCACCCCCUGAGGGCUUGUUCUUUCAGUGGGACCCAGAGGCCCUGGACAUCAUGCCCUCACUGUUGCCCACCGUGCUUGUGCGCCUGCUCUGUCCUGUACCCUCAGAGGAGUGCCCCACGUGGAACCCAGGACCUGGCACCAAGGGUUCUGAAUUCUGCGUGCACCUACAACUGUUUCUCUGCUGCUACCCAAAAGACAAGGCUUCCAGCUUCCUGGGUCGCCUGGCGAGAGUCCUGGCAGAGAAGCCAGGUCCACUGGGGCCUGUGACCCUGCUGGCCAUCCUGCACUUCCUGAAGAGGGUGGCUGCCCUCAGAGCUGAGGAGCCAGAGCUGCCGACCCAGCCCUGGGAGGAGCUUGGCAGAAGCUUUGUGUCUGUGGCCAGCCUGACCCUGGAGGAGCAAUCAGCCAGCGCGUGGCUGUCUAUCUGUGAGUCCUAUAGUGGGGGAGAGGACAAGUCAGCCAUACAACUGGACACCCCAGAAGAAAGCCUCCCUCCUGAGAUCCAGCUGCUGCCCCAUCUGAUCCCAGGCCUGGAGGUGCAAAACCUGCACCUGAGGGAGGCCAGCACUGGAGGGCACACGUUCACCAUUCCAGCGGGCAUCCAGAUGGACCAGGCCACAUCCACAUCCCUGCAGGUGAAGUCCCUAAGCACCCAAGUGGGGUCAGCUAUACUCUCCUCUGAGGUACGAGAUGCUGCCGGGGAGCUCAGCACAGCGGUGACCUUUCACCUGCAGCACCAGGCCCAGGUCUUUCCAAAGAGGAUUCUAGAGCCUGUCUGUGCUUUUUGGAAUUUCAGUGCCAACUCAGAUGCAGGGGGCUCCUGGGCCACCACUGGCUGUUCAGUGCUCACUCUACACCCGGACUCUACCACCUGCUUCUGCAAGCACAGUACCAGCUUUGCCAUCCUUCUGCAGGUGCAUGACGUCCAGGGAGGUCCUGAAGAGGAGUCACUGCUGAGGACUCUGUCAUUUGUGGGCUGUGGUGUGUCCCUCUGUGGUGUGUCCCUCUGUGGUGUGUCCCUCUGUGCUCUUGCUACCACCUUCUUGCUCAUCGUGGUGGCUGGGGUUCCCCCGUCUGAGCGGACCACAAUCCACAAGAAUCUUAUUCUUUCCCUGGCCUCUGCUGAGGGCUUCCUCAUGACCAGCGAGUGGGCGAAGACCAACAAGGUGACCUGUGUGGCUGUCACAGCAGCCAUGCAUCUUCUCUUUCUGGUUGCCUCCUCCUGGAUGCUGGCAGAGGGACUGCUGCUUUGGAACAAGGUGGUAGCCGUGAGCAUGCACCCAGGUCCCAGGAUGAGGCUGUACUAUGCUGCAGGUUGGGGCAUUCCUGUGGCCAUUGUGGCCAUCACCCUAGCAUUGCACCCUCAUGACUACGUGGCUUCUGGACACUGCUGGAUCAAUGUUCACACGGAUACCAUCUGGGCCUUUGUGGGGCCCGUUCUGUUUGUGCUGACUGCCAAUACCUACAUCCUGGUCCGUGCUGUAAUGGUCACUGUAUCCAGCACCCACCGCCGUGCACGCAUGCUGAGCCCACAGCCUGACCUACAGCAGAAGAUCAAGUUCCAAAUGUGGGCCAUGGUGAAACCCGUGCUGGCCCUGUUACCUGUCCUGGGCCUGACCUGGCUGUUUGGCCUCCUGGUACACAUUAGCCCAAUCUGGGCCUACGCUGCUGUGCUUCUCAAUUCCUUCCAGGGCCCAUACAUCUUCCUUAUCUACGCUGCUUACAACGGAGAGGUGGGUAUGAGUCAAGGAUGGACCUACCUGUUGGGCUCUAGGGAAGGUCAAGGCCUGACCCGUGCUACCCUGCAGGUGCAGAGCGCACUUCGGAGGAUGACAGAGAAGAAGGCAGCUGAGGUGCUCAGGGCAGAGCAGGUGCACUUGGCCAAGGGCUUCAUGUCCCUGGGCCAUGGCCCAGGAGAACGCCCGAGUCUGGGAUUCUCAGGGAAGAUCUGUUGCUCUCAGAGGGACCCAUGGACCCAGGAUUCCCUCAGCCUUCUCUUCCAUUACAGAACCCAGGAGACCGGCUGUGGAGUUGACAGCAUUUAA